AUGUCUACAGAAGUGAAGAUUUUCACACUUGCAGAGGUCAGAAAGCACAAUAAAUCAGAUGACCUCUGGAUUAUAAUUCACGACAAGGUCUAUGAUUUGACAAAGUUUGUGUCCGAACAUCCAGGUGGUGAAACAGUAUUAGAAGAACAAGCAGGAGAUUAUGGUACAGAACCAUUUGAAGAUGUUGGACACUCAUCAGAUGCUCGUGAGAUUAUGGAGCAGUAUUACAUAGGUGAUAUUGCACCUGCAGACCGUGAGCGAAAAAGUAAAUUCACUUCUUCCUUCACGUUGAAAAAAAUGGAUGGUUUCAGGAAUGAUGGGAUUUAA